UGUUUAGGCUUUAGCCUACUACAGUAAACAGCCUAGGCCUACUGGUUUUCCUAAACUCCGAUAGGCGGCGAUGUUACGCUUGGUGACGCUUGUCCUGUCAGGGAAGUCAACGCAACGAAGAAGAAGCAGCUGCAGUCCAUGUUGAUGUCAACAUGAGUGCUGACAACUCGUGUUCAGACAUAUUACUUCCUUUACGAAACCUUUGUAACUCUGUUAAGUGCAUACGAGACCGGGUAAAAGAUGGGGAAUCCAGCGAGUGCAGUAGUGAGUUCAACAUGAGUACGUUCUGGAACACUCUGAUUCAGUCUGUAAAGGCCACAUCCCAGGAAGCAACAAAACUCAGCCUGGCGUUCUCUAAACCGCCCCUACCCUCCUCUCAGGAUGCAGAGAAGAUGGCGGACUCGAUUCAGCAGGCAGUGUUGGCGCUGUCUACAGUCUACUACUGGCUACCGAAGACCCAGGGAAUAAUUUUGAGAAGAGUUGUGCGUGAUGCCACUGCAGAUGUGCUUGAGGGAAUGGUUCAAUUGCUUGACAUCAUCCUGAACUCCCCCCUUCAAAGUUUGUCUCAGGAGCAGCUGAUGUCCACGGGAGGAGUCUGGGCGUCGUGCGACCGGUUUGAGCAGCUGCCAAGAGAUAACCGCGCUGCAGUGCUGAGUGUCCUGAGCUCUUAUCAGGGCGUGGUGAAGGAUGCUAUCGAGGAGAUGGAGCAGGCCCAGGCUGAAAACCAGGACCCUUUCGCCGACCUCCUGGACGAUGAGGACCUGGACGAGCGUGGCAACCGCGACACGUACUGGAGCGAGGGGGACCGGCAGCUGAUGGCUCCCUGCCAGGGCCUGAUGAAGGCGUCUUCGGCGUGCCUGAAGAAAUUGAGCUCGGCCGUCCGGGGCAACGGCAAGGUCGACACCCCCGACAAUGUUGCCCAGCUGGAUGACCUGGCCGACAUCACCCACGACAUCAGCCCCAGCAUAUUGUCUGCACAUGUGUGCGUGCACUGCCUGCACGUAUGGUGAUGUCAGGCAUGCUCUCACAGUUGUGUCACUCUAUGGAUGGACUUAUGGCUAAUAGUGCAUAUGUGUGUGUGUGUGCACUUGCAAAUGUGUCAUUUGAGGAUUUGCAUAUAGGUCUCCUAAUCAGUCUGAUCACAGAACAGGCAGUUGACGCCUUCAGAUUAUGUGACACCAAUCUAACAAUCUGUCAACAUAGUGACAAGCUGAUGGAUUGAGUGUGUGUGUGUGUGUGUGUGUGUGGGUGGGCGUGUAUGUGUGUGUGUGUGUGUGUGGUUGAGUGUGUGUGUGUGUGUGUGUGUGUGUGUGUGUGUGCUUACAGAAGUGAAACUUAGGCGAUAACAGCAGUAAUCUCCCCAAGCCUGAUUAUAUCAAGGAAUUGGUUGUCACAAUCUCCCACCAAAUAGUCUGCAAGUCGCAUCUCAGGCAAUCAUGACAUUUUAUACAUACCCUGAGUUAAAGACCGCUGACCUUGGGCCCCAGCGGGGGGGGCGACUGGCUGGGGCACCUGCACCGUACGCCAGCGACCCGGGUUCGAUUCCCGCCCCCCGUAGUCCUUUUCCGGAUCCCACCCCGACUCUCUCUCCCACUCGCUUCCUGUCUUUCUCCACUGUCCUGUCAUUAAAAGGCAAAAAAAAAAGACCGCUGAACUUGAUGCACCUGUGUGCUUUCCGGCUUAUUUCAAUUGAUGUCUUGCUGUUUAUUCAGGGAGUGUGAACUUACCUUCACCUCUUUACACCUACCUGAUUUCACACACCUGAGCUGAUGACUUCAUCUGGGUUUAAACAAUACCCUCCUCUCCUACCAUAUGUCACUGACAAACAGAAAAUCUCUACUCUGAUAAGCUAUUUAAAGGCACAUCAUGUAAAAUUGUCUUUAUAUAAAAGAAAGGUUGUGACAAAUAGUUUUACGCAUUAAAUGAGCAGCAUGCAUUUUUGCUUAUUUAUUACUUUCAGGUGCCUCUUUACCUGUUUGUCAUUUUCAGUCUUGGAGUGUACAUUUUUUUUUUUUUGGUGGUGGUGCUUCCUACUACGUGCUUUAUCUUUAUUUGACUACAAAUUUAUUUAAGCCAUUGUGUGUGCUGUCGUGUUUGUUAAAUGUGUGUGUGUGUGCAUUUAUAUAUAUGAGAUAGAGAGUGAGUGAAUGUCCCAUGUUGAAACUAGGCUUAGUGUUUUACAGAGGGCAAGGGCAUGGUAUGUAGUUUAAAGGGCGGCUGGAAUAUUCCGACAUUUCAUCAUUAAAGUGAUCAAAAUGA